AUGUCCACAAGCUCCGCGCCCACAAGCGCGACGCGUUUUGCGACUCCGAAGCGCGACUGGCGCGCCACCACCGACCCCUGCCCUCGUCGAGCAAACUUAUCUAUCCACCCGCGCUUCACUACAAAAAUGCCACCGUAUGACGACUGGAACAAGGUUGACGAGGACGAUGAGGACGAGUUGCAGGAUAACACCUAUCUUGAUGGCAGGAGAGACGUGAUUCUCUUUUGCAUAGACUGUUCUCCAUCAAUGCUGGAGCUACACGAUGAUCCGAAGUAUGAGAACCUGCAGACGUGCCAUCUGUACACGGCACUCGAAGCUGCCAUGGAAAUCGAGAAAAAGAAGGUGCUCAUAGGACCGAACGACGCCGUCGGAAUCAUGCUUUUCAACACGGUGGGGCUCGUCGCGUUUUUGAACGAGCCUGGAGGUCAAAGCGCCGAGAUCAAGAGGGGCACUUAUGUUCAUCAACCAAUCAAUACCAUCAACGCGCCCAGCGUGCAGGAGUUGAUACGGCUACUUGAAGCCGCCAGAGAAGACCCUAAUCAUCUCCGCGAGGCGUUUCCUCCACUCACCGAAACCCGCGUGCCCAUGGGCGAUGUAUUUACCAGCUGUAAUUGGGUGAUCCGAGAUGGUGCGCCGAAAACAGCAACGAAACGGAUCUUCCUCAUUACAGACGAAGAUGAUCCCCACCCCGGUCCCGCCAGAGAGCGACUGAUCACAUCAGCUCGAACGACACACAUUGAUCUUGGGCAAGCAGGCGUCAUCGUGGAACCCUUCUUCAUAAGCACAGAAGAAAAGGAAUUUAGACCAGCGAAAUUUUAUUCGUCGGUGCUGUUGCCACACAAUCUCGUUGAUGACGGUGAUGCGGCCGCCACGGUUUUGCCCGAGUCGAUAUCCAUCACUCGAAUCGACGAUUUACUUCAACAAAUGCGGUUCCACGAAGUCCCGAAGCGUGCAUUAUUCAGCUUACCCCUGCAACUCGCUCCGGGGCUCACAAUCGGUGUGAAAGGCUAUGGCCUGGUGACCGAACAGCGCCGGGGUGCGUACAAAUAUUUCGUGGACCUCGGAGAUCGGAUGGAGGUUGCGACGUCUCGGACAGUCUAUGUCGAUGAGGAUCGGCAGGCAGAGACGGAGAGAACGCGGGUGCUGUAUGGCUUGCAGUUGGGUGCUACGGUCGCUGCUGAAGAGGCCGAAGUUGCAUCGGAUGAUGAAGGCGGGACCUCGGCCAGGGUGGUGUCGCUGAACAGUCGUGUCUUCUACACCGCCGACGAAGUUCGCUCUUUCCGCAAUAUGGGGCUCGAUCCUGGCAUCAAGCUUCUUGGCUUUAAGGAUCGGUCAGAACUUGCCUUUGAAGAUAACGUCAAACAUUCCCUAUUCAUCUAUCCCGAUGAAAUGUCAUAUUCCGGGAGCAAACGCACUUUCAGCGCGCUAUUGCGUACCAUGAUUCGAAAGAAAAAAAUUGCCCUGGUGUUGUCGCUAGCACGGCGUAAUUCAUCCCCCGUGUUCUGCGCCAUGCUCCCUCAGCAAUGCCACGCGGCCGAACUCUGGAUUGCUCGUGACGAGAUGCGAACAAUCUCCUAUCGCAAACAUCCGCAGAAGGUGGACGAAAGUGGCUGGCGCGAACCACCGGGCUUCCAUCUCAUACCGCUUCCAUUUGCUGACGAUAUCCGUGCCGCAUCUGUUGACGAGAGCAUUCGUGCCCUAUCCUAUCAUAAUGUCCAGCUCCAAGCGAGCGCGUUCCGCGAGGAGUUUGACCCCGCUAGCUUCGAAGACCUGACGGUGCCGAAGUACGAUAUGAUCCACAAGGUCGGUUGGUCAGACUUCUCAUCAGACCAGAAACAGACACUCAAUCGUCCACUUCUGAAGGCUUGGAAGGAGAUCUUGCUGCAGGAUGAGGCAGCAAACAGCGUCAUCGUGACCACCGGAUCCAAGCGCAAAGCGGACAUCAGCGUCGACGAGGCGGAAAUCAGAAGUAAGCACGAGGUUGGGAUGCUUGCUAAGCUCCGACUCGACCAGUUAAAGGCUAGCCUCGCGGGUGUUCUUCGUGUUGAUCAAAGCGGUAUAAUUCCUCCGAUCACUGAUACCAAAUAUGUCGUCCGUCGGGGCUCAAUCUCGCAGGAAUUCCUCAAAAGCAAAAGCGAACCUGUCUCUGGGAGAAAGGCGGAGCUUGUGGAGCGCGUCAGCGAAUGGUUGGACAAGCAUCCGUAA